AUGAAAUUUACAACAACUAUAUUAUUUUCAAUUUUAUCAUCAUUAAUAACUAAUACACAAGCAUCAUGUACAUUUGAUGGAGGUAAUUAUUAUUGUUCAGAAACUUCAAAAAUUAUUUAUAAAAAUAUUGGAUUUAGUGGAAGUUAUCAAGAUGUUACAAAUAUGAAUGAAAUAACUGGUAAAUGUACUCAAGAAACUUUUUCAUUUAAUGGGAAUUUAUCACCAUUAGAUGAAGAAUUAUCAGUUCAUUUUAGAGGUCCUUUAAAAUUAAAACAAUUUGGUGUUUAUUAUCCUUCAACCACUUCCCAAAAUAAUAAAAAAAGAGAUGAUGAAGAUUGUAAUAUUCAACAUUUUCAUCAUAAACAUAAAAGAGCUACUGAAAUUGUUCAAGUUACUCAAACUGUUUUUGUUGAUGGUAAUGGAAAUUUAGUAACUAGUCAACAAACUUCAAUUGCUACUGAACAACCACAACAGGAAUCUUCAGUUGUUGCUCCUGCUGUUGAAUCUGCUAUUGAAACUGCUGUUCAAGGUAAAGCUUAUAGAUCAUUAUCAACUAAAUCAGCACCAACUACAACAAGUUCAACUUCAACAGCUUCAACUUCAAGUUCUUCAUCAUCAACUGAAUCUUCUUCACCAAGUGGUUCAUGGGAAAGAAGUUCAUAUUAUACUCCUGGUUCAGCAGAUAAUUGUGUAUUUUUAAAUUAUCAUGGUGGAUCAGGUUCAGGUAUAUGGUCAUCAGUAUUUGGAAAUUCAUUAUCUUAUGCAAAUAGUGAUAAUAGUGGAGGAUCAUCAUCACCAAUUGCUUUAGCUGAUGUUACAAUUGGUUCAAAUAAUGAAUUUGUUAUAAUGUCAGGAUCAAAAUGUGAUAGUUCUUGUGGUUAUUAUAGAGAAGGUUCAGUAGCACAUCAUGGAUUUGGUGGUAAAUUUAAAAUAUUUAUAUUUGAAUUUGAAAUGCCAUCUGAUAAUUCUGGAGCAGGUUUUAAUGUAGAUAUGCCAGCUAUUUGGUUAUUAAAUGCUAAAAUUCCAAGAACUUUACAAUAUGGUGAUUCUUCAUGUUCAUGUUGGAAAACAGGAUGUGGAGAAUUAGAUUUAUUUGAAAUUUUAUCCAGUGGUUCAAAUAAAUUAAUAAGUCAUUUACAUGAUGGUCAAGGUACUGGUAUAUUAAAUACUAAUAAUGGUGGUGGAGGAUCACAAGAUUAUUUUGUUAGACCUUCAAGUGGUUCAUCAUUAAAAGCUGCUGUUAUUUUUAAUAAUGAUGAAAUUCAUAUUAUUCAAGUUGAUGAUUCUACAAAUUUUGGUGAUUCAUUAGAUGAAAAUACUGUUAAUGGCUGGUUAGAACAAUCUGGUAGUAUUGCAACUAUUGGUUAUUAG